AAAAGAAAAAAAAAGAUUCGUUUUGGAGGAGGGAGGAGAACCCAGCUGGAGCCCUCAAUGGGGUCGGCCUGGGCAGGUGGGGACUGGCCAUCCCCGUUCUGGGAGGAAGGGGCCCAGGACCAUUGUUUUCCCAAGAAAGUCCUGUGCAGGACCAGCAAUGCUGCCAGGCCCCACCUGGCCCUCGGGGGCCCCCAGGCUUUAAGGGGACUCCUGGCUUAGGGCCAGGCCCUUGAUGCUGGAGGAGGUCAUGGGUGGAGGAGAGGGGGCACCAAGCGGGUAGCCAGGACCUCAGGGCUGCAGACAAAAAAGGGACUGUGUUGUCCACCAAGUCUGGGCCACAUCAACGAAUGUGGUUGCGGAUCCGCCUCUAGGGGCUGAAAGCCAGGGCGUUGCCAGGCCUGAGGGUCCCUAAACAGCCCUUGGGCCGAGGGCGGGUGAAGCAGGGGCGGGGGGGGGCGGGCAGAGCUCCCACCGCCCCGCCCCCAGGGGGCGCCCCAGGCGCGACGCGGGAGGAGGCAGAGGGGGCGCCAGGCCGCGAGAGAGGAGGCCAUGGGCCCUCGAGGGGCGCUUCUGCUGGCGCUGCUGCUGGCGCGGGAGGGACUCGGGAAGCCGGGUGAGCUCGGGGCGUGGCUGGCAGGACGGCGUAGGGGGGCGUUGGGUAGUUGGAGGCCGCGGGGAGCUCACUUCUUGUCUCCUACAGCGUCGCCGGAAGGGGAGCUGUUGUCAGGUAGGGCCCCCAGGACCCGCGAUGCUUGUCAGGGCCGCUGGGCCGGGAUGCAUGGGGAUGGGGGGUCCAUCUACUGCUCUCUGGCCCCGGCUCCCGAGAUUGAGAACUCUGGACCAUGCGGCCAACGGAUCAUCCAGACGCGCAUCGUGGGUGGAGGCGACGCCCAGCUCGGGCGUUGGCCAUGGCAGGGGAGCCUGCGCCUGUGGGAUUCCCACGUGUGUGGAGCGAGCCUGCUCAGCCGCCGCUGGGCGCUCACGGCGGCGCACUGCUUUGACUUGUAUGGUGACCUUGGUGAUUCCUCCGGGUGGACGGUCCAGUUUGGCCAGCUGACUUCUGCACCAUCCUUCUGGAGCCUGCAGGCCUACUACACCCGGUACUUCGUGUCGAAUAUCUAUUUGAGCCCUCGAUACCUGGGGAAUUCACCCUAUGACAUUGCCUUGUUGAAGCUGUCUACACCCGUCACCUACACUAACCAUAUCCAGCCCAUCUGUCUCCUGGCCUCCACACUUGAGUUUGAGAACCGGACGGACUGCUGGGUGACCGGCUGGGGGAACAUCCAAGAGGACGAGGGAAGUGCAGGUUGCCAUCAUAAACAACACCAUGUGCAACCACCUCUUCCUGAAGUACGAUUUCCGCAUGGACAUCUUUGGAGACAUGAUUUGUGCUGGCGAUGCCCAAGGCGGGAAGGAUUCCUGCUUUGCUGACCUCACCCCCAUGCCCCUCUGGCUCUCCAGGGUGACUCAGGCGGACCACUGGCCUGUGACAAGAACGGAAAGUGGUAUCAGGUUGGAGUUGUGAGCUGGGGAGUGGGCUGCGGCCGGCCCAAUCGGCCCGGUGUCUACACCAAUAUCAGCCAGCACUUCGGGUGGAUUCAGAAGCUGAUGGCCCAGAGUGGCAUGGCCCGGCCAGACCCCUCCCGCCUGCUGCUCUUUCUCCCUCUUCUCUGGGCUCCCCCACUCCUGCAGCCGGCCUGAGCCCACCCGAGCCCAUGCAGGCUGGGGCCACUGCUAAGUCAGGCCCUGGUUCUCUUCUGUCUUGUUUGGUAAUAAACACAUUUGAGUUGA